AUGGCUAUAUAUAAACAAAAAGGAAGAUUUCUUCAACAAGGAGUGACAGAACGGUGUUCAAAAAUAAAAUAUAGAUAUAACGGGAAGAUUCCAAAUAGAAUAUUCACCAAUAGUCUGCUUCCACUUAAAAAGUACAACGUUACAUUCUGUAGAGUAACGAAAUGUGCAUCGACGUUUUGGACAAGACUACUAGUGUGUUUAGAGAGAGGUUUAUGGAAACCACCUUAUGUGUUCAAACCAAAUGAUGCCAGUGUAAAAUUAAGAGAUACUUUUAAUAGGUUUCCUAUUCGAAAGAUAUAUAAAAGGGUGAAGGAUACUAAAAAUAUCAUGUUUAGUAGAAAUCCUUAUUCAAGAAUAUUUUCGUUUUACGUAGAUAAACUCUUUUCUCCUAAUCCAUAUUACUGGAAUAAUCUCGGAGUUGAAAUUACCAAACGAAGCAGAGGAAAAGCAACAUGUGGACAUGAUGUCACAUUCAACGAGUUAGUUGAUUACAUUAUUUACACUCCAUCCACCGUGAGAGAAUUCCAUACUAUACCAAUCAACGAUAUUUGUCGGCCAUGUAUUAUUCCUUAUGAUUUCAUUGGCAAGAUGGAAAAUUUUGAAAAUGAUGUUUCCAAUAUAUUGAAAGAAAUAGGUGUGGAAUCUUAUCCAUACUUUUCGGAAAAUUUUAGGAAAGAAUACACAGCAGAUUCUAUUUAUGAUAUUGCACACGCCUAUAUUUCAUUUCGACAAAAUGCAGAUAAAUGCAUAGAUCGUCAAACUGGAUUAAAACGUGUUUGGCGGAUUUUACAAAUAAGAGGAAUCAUUUCAGAAUCAUUACAAAUGCCUUUCUCUUCAAACGAAUCACAGACUUUUACGCUUUCCACAUUAGUUAAUACUAUUUUGAAAGCACGUGAUGACUCUUUAAUUGAAGAUUUAAGGUAUCAAAAGGCAACAUUUUUCAAAGAGGCAUACGCAAGCGUUCCUUUAGCUAAAAUGAUGACGCUACAAAAAGUGUAUAAAGAGGAUUUUCAAAUAUUCAACUAUGAAUCAUUCCCUAAAAGUUUGUUUACAGUAAAAAGAAACACUACAGAAGAAAUGUUUAUUGUUUAA